AUUCCACGUGGGCUGAUGUACCAGUUUUACCUGGAAUAUUGCAACCACAGUACAUCCAACCCAAUAAAUGCUGCUACCUUUGGAAAGCUUGUUCGUUCGGUAUUCAGCGAUCUGCGAACCAGGCGAUUGGGUACGAGAGGUUGUGCAAGGUAUCAUUAUGAAGGAAUACGUGUGAGAAGGCAUUCUCCCCUGUACGGUCGGUACUCCUCUCUGAUGACCAACAAACAGUUUGAAAGCUUGGAUUUUUCCAGUUUAGAAGAAGGAAGUUUCUUUAGUGCCGGUAAUAAAUAUGAAAAGGCAGAAAGUCCACGUAAUGCAAUCUGUGAAUUCACUCGGUUUACCUCCUGGGAGCAAGAACUAGGAAAAAAAUAUUCUACUCAGAUGUUUACCAUGGUUGCAGAUGUAUAUUACAAGCACUGUCAGGAUAUUUUGCAGCAUAUCCGAAGUAAUCGAUUUGACAAGAUUAAAGGUCUUCUCGCUUUGUUUUGGAAAUCAUUGCCAUACGAUGUCAUCAAUACAAUAUCCUUGCCAGAUAUAUGCCAUCUUUUCUGCUGUUACGAUACACAGCUGUACAAGAUGAUUGAAGAAGUCCUCCUUCGGGACUUCCUAGCUGACUUUUCUGUACAGCAUCUUCAGAGUGCAAGAUCCUUUGCUAAGAAGUUUAAAAGUUGGCUGGUUGAUGCAUUGGAAGGGACACCAUUGCUACUGCAGACAUUUAAAAUGAGAGCAGUGAGUAUGUUUGUUAACAGACUACGAAGAAGAACGUGCAUUUGUAAUCUAGCAAAGAGCAUGCACGUGGUUUUGAAUAAUCGCAGAAUGGUCAGCACUUUAAAAGCUGACCUGAAUUCCAUGCUCACCCAGGGACUGCUGGAUAUCCCCAGCAAACCCAAGCAAUCAGUCAGCUGUCCACUGGAUGAAAUAGGCAACAGUCUUGACAGCCUCCUAAUGUUGCUGGAUACUGCAGCAGACAUUAGAGCUUAUUUUCACUGCGUGUCAACACUUGUACAUGACUUUGUAUUUCAGCCUAGCAACUUUAGGGGAGAAGAAUUCAUACAACUGGCUGCAAAUUUCCAGCUGAGAUGGAACUAUUUUCUUUCUGCCAUAAGUCGGGCCUUAACACUCUCAAAUGCAGAAAGCUUUGGAUCUUGGCACUUGGUAAAUCUGCUCAUUUCAGAGUACCUGACUCACGUGCUGCAAUCUUACAUGGAAGAAGAGAUGGACAAGCCAGCACAAGAAGGAACGGAACAGCUUCCACAUGAAAUAGUUCAGGAACCAGACUUUGAAACUGUUCUUGACACUUAUUCAGCACCGUCAGAGUCUCCUAAUAUAAAUUCUGAUCAAUUCAGUGACCAAGACCUCAAUUUACAAAAUAUUACUAUCAAACCUCUGGGCUUUGAGGUUGAUGCGUUAACUGGCAACAAGGUAAUUCAGGUUUUGGUUGAAGAUGAAGCAACUAAGAGCGUUCUUAAAUUGAGCUUGCCAAUAGGGAAGAAAGCAGUCGUCACUUUAAAAAAUGGUCAGAUGUUUGAGAUCCACACCUCAAAGAUGCAGCAGAACAUCACUGGUGAUAUGCAAGCAUAA